CGCUAACUGCCUCUUUCCCGCCACCCUAUCCUCUGUUCUUUAAGAACACAGAGAGAGACCACGAAGCCAGCCCCUUCAUUCCCCCCCGGAGAGCCGAAAAUUGGCCGGUCUUAUCAUCCAGAUUUCUCAAGCACCAGAAGCAACAACUCUCUGGUGCCUGAGGAAUCUUGGACGAAGAUUUCCGCGGACGGCCGCAGUAUUUUCAAGUGUGACGAUGGAUGCCCACCAGAUUGUACCCUAUCAGGCCCCAAACCCAGACGAACUUGAUCUGGAAGCAAUCGAAAGAUUUCUCAUAACACCUGAGAGGAUUCCAAAUGCAAACGAUCUGGACCCCGAAUUCGAAACGGUUACCAAUCCUCAACAAACCGGACUAAUUGUCGUUCCCGAUGCUGACGAUCCGAUGACAUGGGAUCUCGAUUUGUUCUUCACCGACUCCGGCGAGAACCACGUAGGAGCCUGCAGUCACGAGACGACGACGACGACGAAUGUCAUGGUGGACCAAUUGGGAUCGGAAACCCAAGGUUGCGACGGUGUAAGAAAUGAAAAGGGUAUGGAGCAAAUGGGCCCAUUGUCGAAUUAUUACGAAAGCAAUAGCCAGAGCCAGAGCCAGAAUUGUUAUUACAAUGGAGAAACGUCUACUCAAACUGCGGGGUUCGAAGCGCAGCGAAUUUCGGGUUGGCGGGCUUCCAAUUGCGUUUGCUGUCAAGUUUUGAGGGAAAUCGUCCACUCCAAUGGUGAGAUGGUGACUACAAAACUUGAGAUUCACGGGAGAGUGGGUGUGAUCUGCCACGCGAUUCUGGAGCACCGCCAUUACUCCGCGGAUCUACCUGCCGAGUCCCUCUUCCAAUUCAUCGACUACAGCAACAAAUGCUUGGAAACGGUGAAGCGUUCGGUGGAGGAAUACUGUGCUGCGAAAGAAAGGCAGGGUUUUUUCAUCGAACAAGACAGCCUCUCAAUGUUCUACGAGACCCUCUGUGUCGGCUAUGACUGGAAUGAAAAUCUGGAGGAUCAUUCUCCUACAGCCUUCGCAGAAUCAUCGCAGCCGCCUCUGCCUCUGAUACAGCAGCAGCAGCAGCCACAACCGGAAGAAAGCGAAGGAGGGAAACCACCAAAGAUCAACCUUUCACAACAGAGGGAGAGAGCAGCGAAGUUGAAGUACAAAGAUCUGGCCGAUUACUUCGACUAUCCAAUCCAAGAAGCGGCGCGCCUGCUGAAUCUGUGCCCCACUGUACUCAAGAAGAUCUGUCGUCAAGACGGCGUGCCACGGUGGCCUCACAGGAAGGUGAAGAGCCUGAAGAAGCAAAUGGACAAAGUGAAAGACUUUAUGCGCUCCAACGUUUGCACCGUGGAAGAAUCCGCAAGCCUGCAGGAGUCAUUAAACAAACUCCAGCGUGAUUUGGACAUUACGGUGGCUGGUGGGAAAACUGCUGAAUAAAUAAAAUAUUACUCGUGCGAAGUAUGUUAUAUGUAAUAUGUUGUGGUUUGGGAGAAUAAUGUUGGGAAGAUGAUAUUUGGGAGAAUUGUGAUAUAAUGUUAUAAAUAAAUAUGUUGUUGAGGAUGAUAGAGACAAAAAAAAAUUUAUAUUAAAUAAAAAAUAUCUUUCAUU